UUUCUCGCUAUACUGCAUUCACUUGGGUGGUUAGAAUACACACAGACGGUAGGUUCUGUGUGACCGUGGCGCACGAUGCUUUGUUUUGCUUGUAGGUCAACCAAUCGGACUGCUGCAGGCUGGAUGCCUCGAUGCACCUUCGCUCAACAAAGCAGACGCAGUGGCAACAGUAGCUGUUCACCCCCGGGACCUUAUAAAUCAUGAAUCUCCACCACGCUUCAAGUUGAUCAACUUCAUCACAAGCUAGGUCGACUUUGCGGUCGACUACCUUUGCUGAAUAGCAUUAUGAGUAGCAUCAUUCGGGCUGAUAACAGCGCCGGAACCGAAAUCACGAGCAGAAGCGCACAAAUAACCCAAGCCCCACUGAUCGCGAGGGCGGGUGGCCCUGCACAACUCGGCCCACUCACGACAAUUUUCACUCCGCCCGCAAGCUGUACGAAUUCAUGGACAUUUGAACCGAGCUCAUAUAAUGGAUUUUCUCCUGGCUUACUUGUCCAAAAUGCACUGGCGACGAGCAUCGAUCCAAGCUGUUUCCCGAGCUCCUGGUUUCGUUACGGCAGAUCUUCCUAUGAAGCAUAUUAUAGACCAGGUCAAUGCCCCGCUGGAUACUCGACUGCAUUGGCAAGAUUCAGUAGCUACACGCAGGCCACAUGUUGUUUAUCUUUGAGUGUAGGUGGUGGAUUGAUGGGGUGCCUCAGCAGAUGGUAUGACGACACUCCGACGAACGUUCGAGUUGUUGAAGGUUCAACACUUGGCACGACUCUUGUAAAUCCGCCCUUGACCAUGUGGGCGCAAGUGAUUCAAGUUGAAUAUUCAGCAUCCGACCUUUCACUUUUCACAACUAGUACGAGCAGCGUGGUGUCGAGUAGUCCGACGGCUUCGCCCAGUCAGACUAGUAACGCCUUGUCACAAACGGGCUCUGUUUCGACCGGGAUAUCUACUCUCACCAGUGUGCCGGCCGCAACGCCUGGGCCUGCGGGCCUCGCUGCUGGCGCCAUUGCCGGAAUUGUUAUCGGAGCACUCAUUGGACUCGCGUUGGUGGUUGGUCUGACCAUAUUCUGCACGCUGCGCAGGACAAGAGCCAAGAAAUCGGAAAUCACAACACCGUCAACAGAUGAGAAACCCGCUUCUGCGACGGAUCCCGGGGACCCCAGAGAACCACGGGAGUUACCUACCGUUGGAUAUGGCAAAUCAAUACGGCGAGCCGAGGCACCGACAGACUCCCCUCGGUAUGAGUUACCAGCGGAACGGGCUCCAGCCGAAGCACCCGGCGAGCGUGAUCCUGCCGAGAUUCCCACCCAGAAGGAUUCGAUCAAAGUUUCCGACGUUCCAGGACGAGUAGAGCUAUACUAAAGCUCUGGCUGGUGUAAGUCUGGAUCAUUCGGCUCGAUGGGUAUGAGUUAUACCAGCGAGGCUUUCUAUCAUAAUUCUCGUACUACGUUGCGAAUCCUGUAUAUGCACAUCGAUACCAUACGAGCCUCAAUAGCACCAAUCGUG